AUGAAUUUUUUGCCCAAUGUUUGUGGAUCUCUGAGGAUCUUCCUCGUUCUCACCGGACUGUUGGUGAUCUCUGAAACUACUCUAUUGAUUCCCGAAGAACUCAGUGUCAAAGAACUCCAAUGCGUGUUCUACUGUUUGGCGAACACCAAGAAUUCCACGAAAAUGCUCGACUGUUACAAAAUAUGCAGCAAUUCCCUGAGUGAAAAGUAUGGAGAAGAAGUGUUGAAGAAGAAUCACAAACUGGCGAAGACCGUGACCACUAACGAUUUAAGUAUGGUUUGUCGCGAUGAUACUUCAGUCACCACGAGAAUGAGCGUGGAACAUCCCGUUGAGUAUCCAAAUUAUGUUGUGAUCCAGUACAAAGUGUCAAACGAACUCAAUGAUAGCUUCUAUCUGGCCAACAAUCCUAUCGCGGUCAUUGAUUUGCUCCAACCCGGCACAUUCUACCGAAUAUCAGGGUUCGGCUUCAAGGGUAGCAAGCUCAAGGGCAUCAAAGAGGUGUUUCACGUCCUUCCCACAACUUUCCGAACUCUCAACCACGGACCGAUAAAAGAAGCGAGUGAUAUCAGCGUUGUGAAUUAUCAUAUUCACCCUGUUUGCAAGUCUUGCCUGUUCGCCGAUGUGCAAUGGUCUCCAUCCGCGGACCAAAUUUGCCACUACAGCAUCGCAUGGCAUGACAAUCUCCAGGGUGAUCUUCACGAAGUUCCCCUGACUGUGGAAUCUGACUUGAAGUCACACUAUGAAAUCACAAUUGGAGAGCUGGAGUUUGCACGUGAAUACAAAGUUGCUGUGCGGAGUUUCAUGCACAAUUCGCAGCAAGUGAAGAACGACUUCAAUUGGCAGUCUUUUGUCACGCCACAGUGUCGCGAAAUUUACACAAAGCCCGCUGAUAUCCUAGAAGUGUGUUCUCCACUGCAGCCAGCCAAUGUGAAAGCAGUCGUUCGUGAUGCUCACACAGUCACUGUGACUUGGGAUAAGCCUAGCGAACCCUUGCCCCAUUACUACACAGUGUCCAUCCGUAAUUUGGACUACGAGAGACCUUUUGCCACGGCGAUGAACGUGAACGGAGACAGAGUGAAAGCAAUCUUUAAGGAACUCAAUAUCUCAGGUGUGCCCUUUGAAGUUGAUGUGGAGGCCGUUUAUGCUAAUGGGAAGCGAUCGUACACGACUAUUCAAGGGCAAUUAAUCAGCAGCAAAGGCGGAAGAGAGAAAAAAGUGGAUUUUCUACUAGUUGGCUUCUUGACCAUCUUUUGUAUCACGAUUAUGCUGUAUAUUAUGACAGUUAUUUCUACUAAACACUGCAAAUCGGAAUUGGAAGUAUUAAAAAAUGAAGACAUUCAUUAUAUAAAUGACUCCCUCGAAGUUGAUAUCGACUGCGUGACUGUUAAUGAGAUGAUUGGGGAGGGACACUUUGGGAUGGUGAAGAAAGGAGAGUUAAGAAAAUUCGAAACUCACUUAAUGGACUAUUCAACGACUACAGUGGCAGUGAAGAUGCUCAAGGAUCCAGCGUCGAAGGACGAGAUUGAAGAAUUCAUUCAGGAGAUCAACAUCAUGAAAUCCGUGCCGAAGCAUCCCAACAUCGUGAGCAUCUUAGGACACUGCACGGGAAAAGGCGAUGACAUGCUCCUGCUCACUGAGUACUGCGCCAAAGGGAGCCUCCUUGACCAUCUGAGGAACCAGUGGAGAGUUCAUGGGAAUCAGCAAAACAUGUUGCGCAGUGAGAAGAUAUUCAGAUUCUUGAUUGGCAUCAGAUCCGUUUCCACGAACUACGUGAACAAUCCCGUCUAUUUUGCAAACGACGCCGAUGACUUCACCGUGACGGUCACUAUCAAAGCCCUCCUGAAUAUGGCAAUACAAGUUGCCGAAGGAAUGACGUUCCUGGCCAUCAACAAGGUGGUCCAUCGCGAUUUAGCUGCGCGCAAUGUGCUCGUGACUGAGCACAACACCAUGAAGAUUGCAGACUUCGGUCUGUCCCGUGAUAUCUACAACAAUGGGAUCUAUAAGAAGCGGAGCAGCGGUCGAGUUCCCAUCAAAUGGAUGGCUCUUGAGGCUCUGAGUCGUCAAGUGUACACAACUCAGUCGGAUGUGUGGUCAUUUGGCGUCCUCCUGUAUGAGAUCUUCACUCUGGGCUGCAUUCCCUAUCCGACUAUCGAGAAUGACCAGCUUCUCGUAUACCUUCGGACCGGCGCACGGAUGGAAAUGCCUCCCAACUGCUCCCUCUCGCUCUACAAACUCAUGAGAUCCUGCUGGGCUGAAAAUCCCAACGAGAGGCCAUCCUUUAACGCCAUCGCCGCAGAACUCAAGGAUGAGAUGGAUAACCAGGCCGGCGAUGAACUGUUUGAUUUGGAGAAGCUCAACCAAGAUGAUAAUCUCAUACGAGACAGUUUAUCUCAACUGACAGCAUCUUCAGCAUACCUCACGCCCAUAAACGACGCUUAG